CGGCCAACCCUGGCCUAGACGCCCCGAUCUCUUUAGCGGAGGUCCGUGCAGAACUCAAUCGCCUCAAGACCAAUUCUGCGGCCGGCCCCGACCGCAUUUCUAACACGAUGCUUAGGAAUCUAGAUGACGCCUCUAUUCACGCCCUCACCGACUACCUUCAAGAGUGUUGGGCGAGCGGUACCAUCCCGCAGGAAUGGAAGUGCGCCAAGCUAGUCUUCAUCCCCAAGCCGGGAAAACCACCCACCUUGGCCAACCUCCGUCCCAUCUCUAUCACGUCCUGUGUUGGGAAGUUAAUGGAACACGUUAUCCAGUCCAGACUUCUUCGCUACCUCGAAGACAACCACCUCCUACCAGACACGAUGUUCGGUUUCCGUCCUCACUUAGCAGCCCCCGACAUAAUGCUUCUUCUCCAUCACCAGGUAGUCAUGCGUCGCACACUAGACACGAAAGUCAUCGUCGGCCUCGAUGUUGCCAAGGCCUUCGACAAUAUCCUCCAUGAAGCGAUUCUUCAACAACUCCAGACUCUCGGCGUCGGACAUCGCACGUAUGCAUACGUCCGAGACUUCCUGACCGACCGCAAGAUACAACUCAGCGUCGGCACGGGACAUCCCUCCAUCAUCUCUCCUGGCAACCGCGGCACGCCGCAAGGCUCAGUGCUCUCGCCGCUGCUUUUCAACGUUGCACUGAUAGGCCUGCCCAAGCUUCUGGCUGACAUUCCCCACCUACACCACAGCGUUUAUGCUGACGAUCUUACUUGGAUCACACACGGCAGUGACGGCGAGAUCGAAGAGACUCUCCAGACCGCCAUCGAUCGGGUCCGAGGCUAUCUGGAUACAGUUGGCCUCAGCUGCUCGGCGACUAAGUCAGAGUAUAUAAUCAUCCCGUCCCCAGGACGACGCCCACCAAAAAUACUUCCUGAGAUCAACCUCCAGGUGCAAGGAAACCCCAUCCCUCGUACAGAUCACAUCAGGAUUCUGGGCCUACACCUACAGGCAAACGGCAGCAACAAUAUAUCGCUCCAACGCAUCGACCAGUCGGUGCUACAGAUCGGACGUCUUCUCAAGCGAGUCUCCAACAAGCACCGAGGUAUGCGAGAGUGCAACCUCCUGCGCCUCGUCCAAGCCUUCAUCUGCUCCCGCAUCACCUACUCCGCACCUUACUUACGUCUCAUCCGCGCCGAAAGCGAACGGCUAGAGGCGUCACUUCGAAAAGCAUACAAGACGGCCCUGGGUCUUCCCAUGUCAACAGCUACUCACAAGCUUAUGGCUCUCGGCAUCUCCAACACCGUGAGCGAACUGAUCGAAGCUACCCUCACCGCCCAAUACGAGCGGUUGUCACUCACACACGCUGGCCGCGCGGUACUGCAGCAAGUUGGGAUCUCACCAACGAGGGCGGCCCCCAAUUAUAUUGACCUUACACAGGAAUAUCGUCAAAAUCUCCGAAUACCUCCCAUUCCCAAACGGAUGCAUCCGGAACACCACGCCGAGAGACGGGCCGAUCGUGCACGACAGUUCGAGAAACGCUUCAGUGGACGUCCAGAUGUCACGUAUACGGACGCCUCUUACCACCCCUCGAAACCAGCGAUGGUGGCGGCAGUCCUCGCCCCCCACCGUAGCUGGUACACAGCCUGCAGCAUUCGCAACGCAGAAACAGUCACCGCAGCAGAGGAGGUUGCCAUUGCGCUUGCGCUAGCUGAUCCUAUUACCAAAGUCGUCAUAAGUGAUUCUCAACAGGCGAUCCGCAACUACGAUGCCGGCCGUAUCUCUCGCCCGGCAUCACACAUUCUGCAUUCUACUCCCCCCUCCUCCACAUCCCGCUUACUCCUGUGGGCUCCAGCCCAUGAAUCGCUCAGGGGAAACGUCCAGGUGCAUACACUUGCUCGAGAUCUUAGCUGCCGAGCCGAGUGUAGGAUCCACCGCCCCGAUUCCCCUGACACCACUAUCUCGCGCGAUUCUCUACUCACCACUUACACGGACAUCCUCCAGUACUACCGACUCGGGAGAUGCAUAUAUCCUCCCGCACACCGUGAUCUAACAAGGCGCGAGGCCGUCCAAUGGCGCAAACUACAAACAGGUAGCUUCCCACACCCCCUCUUAUACAGUAAAAUCUUUCCGCAACAAAUAACGCCUCGGUGCAAACACUGCUCAGCUCCGGCCACUCUCAUACACAUGGCGUGGACUUGUACGCACGACAACACAGACAAAACAAACACCCCAGAGUCGUGGGAGUCCCUCCUGCGUAGCUCCGAGCCAGCAGACCAACGUCGGCUCAUCCAGCGUGCGGUGGAGGCCGCGGAAUCCCAAGGGAUCCCCGCCGACCUCCUCUAAGCCAGCGCAACCGGUCCUUGGACUGGUCCCCUCUUUUUGGGCGAAAUAAAGAAUUCACCACCA